AUGGUAAGAAGAUCUAUUAAUAACAACGACAAUGCUGACCUCGAUGUCGCUCCAACCCUACAUGAGAUCAAAUACAGUGUUUUCUCAAUUGACUUGGACAGUGCUGCAAGCCCCGAUGGACUAAAUGGAAUAUUUUACCAAACUUCCUGGGGUAUUAUUGUCGAAGAUCUCCAUAAAGUUGUCGUAUAUUUCUUUCAAGGGGUUAAUCUUCCCAAAUUCUUCACCCACACUUGCAUUGUGCUUCUACCUAAAGUUGAAGCUCCUCAAGAAUUCAAAGACUUCAGUAAUAUAAGCCUUUGUAAUGUCUCUGGUAAGAUCAUUUCCAAGGUCAUCAACAACAGAUUGAGUAGGAUACUCCCUAAAAUCAUUAGUCACAAUCAAAGUGGCUUUGUUAAAGGGAGGUCAAUUGCUGACAAUGUACUGCUUGCCCAAGAGAUCAUCUCUGACAUCCCCAAACCUAAGAAAGGGAAAAAUAUGGUAAUCAAGCUGGAUAUGGCUAAAGCAUAUGCCACGGUAUCUUGGCCGUUCCUAUGUUUCAUGAUGAGACAAAUGGGCUUUUCGAAAAAUAGAUUGAUCUCAUCUUCAGAUUUAUCUCCAACAAUCGGUACUCCAUGGUGA